UUUUGAAUAGUUCUAACGUUUGUAUUACUCCUAAAACAGGAGUUGCUGGUGAUGGAUUCAUGGCCAGCGGUAUCACCUUCCAAAAUACAGCAGGUCCAAAUGCCUUCCAAGCAGUGGCAUUCCGAUCCGACAGUGAUCUUUCAAUUAUAGAGAACUGUGAAUUCAUCGGCAAUCAGGACACCCUGUACACCCAUACAUUGCGCCAAUACUACAAGUCCUGCCGUAUCCAAGGCAAUGUAGACUUCAUUUUUGGGAACUCUGCUGCUUUCUUCCAAGAAUGUGACAUCCUAAUCGCACCUCGGCAACUCCUUCCCGAAGAGGGAGAGACAAAUCCUGUGACUGCUCAUGGCAGGAUAGACCCUGCACAGUCAACUGGCUUUGUCUUCCAAAAUUGUCUGAUCAAUGGAACAGACAAAUACAUGGCAUUGUACUACAAGAAGCCGGAGGUGCACAAGAAUUAUCUGGGCAGGCCGUGGAAGGAGUAUUCGCGGACUGUCUUUAUAGAAUGUACUUUGGAGGCCCUUGUUUCAGCUGAUGGGUGGUUGCCUUGGAACGGUGAUUUCGCGUUGAGUACACUUUACUAUGGAGAAUAUAGAAAUACUGGUGCCGGAGCUAAUACAGCAGGACGAGUGCCAUGGAGUAGCCAAAUCCCAGGUGAACAUGUUAACUCUUACUCUGUACAAAAUUUCAUUCAAGGGGAUCAGUGGAUUUCUACGUCUUCUUGAUUAACUUGUAUGUUAAAUGUACAUAGUAAGUCAAGCUCAAUAUCGUUGAAUGUGAUUACAGAACAUCAACCUCUUGUACACUUGCGAUAAAAUUAAAAAUUUCAAUGUAAGAUAUAUCUAGCCAAGAGUUUUAAAUUAAUUCUGUCAUGACAUAUAGUUCCUGGAGCUCUUGUUAUUGACAAAAUUAAAGGAGUUAGGUGUUUGUUACCACAUUGUCUGGUGUUUCAAUUACUUGUAUGUACUACUAGAGAUGUGACAUAUUGUAGAAGUUUACAUUUUUCCGAAGUUGUUGAAGUGUUGCAAGUUUUGUGAAGAAAAUAAUGAGCUAGAUCCUAUUGUCAUUGA